AUGAUUGAGAACGGUUCUGAAGAGCUUUGGCCAAACAAAAAGUGUAGUAUACAGGCUCUACAUGAUCAAAGCUCGACAAUACAUCCAGAUAUUCUAUUGUCGUACAUUACAGACUCGGUCGAGAUAAAGCCGGACGGAUGGUGUAGGUUCAGAACUUUGUCGUAUCUCGAAUAUAAAAGCAAUCAAGAUAAAUACGCCGACAUCAAAAAAAGAAUGCAUGAGUACAUGGUGGCUAAGGGAAAAAGCAUUUGUUUAUCUUACAUCUGUGGUGGCAGCCAGACGGAAUAUGAAAAACUGGUCAAAAGGAUGUCUUAUGGUGUCGCCUUUGGUGAUAUUGAGGCCGACUGUCCCAAGGAGUACUGGUUUGACGGAAGCGUGGAUAUUUAG